CUAGCAUGUGCGACGAUCAAAGUACCGAUUUGAUUCAGUUGAAGGGACACGAGAACGCGAAAAAGUCGGAAGCCCAUCUGAAAGUGCUGGAAUACAUUGGCAAACGCUAUGAAAUUCGAAUGACCGACGGGCGGUACAUACGUGGCACGAUGAUCGCCACUGACAAGGACGCUAAUAUGGUUUUCAACAAGGCAGACGAGCGAUGGGACAAAGAUCCACAAUUGAAAGGAGUCCGAUUUCUAGGGCAAGCGAUGAUCUCGAAAAAGCACGUGGAAUCGAUGCACGCGUUGCCGGACCCUAAAGAAACUGAAAUUUGAUCCAGUUUUCUUAUUUUCUCUAAUUUAUCCCAUCCUUUUCUUGUCAAGAUUAAUAUAAAUUAAUUUUUAUCG